GUUAUCCCCCUUAUACCAAUCACCGCCAUUUGGUGCAACAAACAAUGGAAAUGGAUAAUUCUGUUUCACCAACGGAUUCGAAGAAUAAGUCACCAAAACAUGUCAAACGUUUGUCUCCAGAAAGAACACGACGCCUGUUGAUGUCACCAGUGAAAAAACUGAGUGCUUUAAGACUGGUGUCGCCUAUUGACAGCGAUCAGGAACUCAUUGACCUGGAAGUCGCCUCUGUUCUAGCUGAAGGUGGAUCAGUCUCUCCAACAAAAGCAAAACGUCAUGAAACACCAGUCAGGCCGGCAACUGUGAUGACCAAUGUCCAGAGGGGAAAUGUUCAGACGACAACACCUGUAUUUCAAAGCAUAACAGUCCAUCAGAUGGCAGCACAGGGAGAGUUGAACAUGCUGAAACAAGAAGUUGAACAAGGAACUGAUCUGAACAGAACGGAUGACUUUGGUUUGACUCCACUGUUGUGGGCAUGUGCCAAUGGCCAGUUGAUUACUGUAAAAUACCUGCUGGAUAUGAAUGUUGACCUUGGCAUUAUGGGUAACCAUGGUGAAAAUGCUCUACUUUUUUCCAGUUGCUAUGGUUACUCAGAGAUUGUGAAGAUACUGUUACAGCUUGGUAUGAAUGUCAACUUUUUAGAUGAGACAUAUAGCAGCAGUUUGAUGUAUGCAGCAUACAACAACCACACAAGUUGUGUCAAACUUCUGCUGGAAUAUGGUGCUGAUAUCACACUGCAGAAUGACAAUGGUUACACAGCAAUGGACCUUGCUGUAGGUCAGGGACACAAAACAGUUCAACAAACGAUCGAGUCACAUUUGUUGAAACUGUUUGAUUCAUUCAUAUGAAGAUGUCGCCUGUCAUCAGGAAAGUCUGUGAACAAUGGAUGCUCUCAGCAGUAAAGCAGGUUAUCUCACUAGAGUUGUUGCUUCUGGUGGAACACUAUAGACUUCAGAAGUGAAGCCAGAAAAUGUGAUUAAAAAUAUAUCUUCGAGAAAAAAAUGCCUUCAGAUUCAAGGAAGUCUCUUUAAUUAGACACCAGGAAGUCUGAAAUGUUGUGCUUUAUAGUGUAUAAGAUACAGAAGUUGCAAUACCAUACAAAACCUGCCUGUCUAUAUCAUAGAGAGAUACUACCUGUUCACAACACAGGGCUUGUUAAAACAGCUUACUUACACAGGGCUCAUCGACACGAGGCUCGUUGAUACAAUUUUCCUACACAGGGCUUGUCGACACCUGAAUUGUUGAAACAGCUUACUUACACAGGGCUCAAUGGUACUGGGCUUCUUGAUACAGGUUCACAACACAGUGCUCGUUGACACAAGGCUUUUGAUAUAGCUUAAUGACACAGGGAUGGUCGACCAAGGCUCUUAGACCCAGAUUUUUUAUAGGAGGCUCACUAACAUUAAACUGAUGUUAUUAUUAAUGUCAUGUGGGUCUUAACGCUCUAUAUCAGAGUAUUUGUUUUGCAGAAUAAUGCCCUCUUGUCAUUUGGAUCAGAAGAUAUCAGGUCUCGCAUCACUGUAUAUCAGUAUGUUGUUUUGCAGAAUAGUCGUCUUGGUCUAAAAAUUGAUUGGUGUUGUAACACUAUAAAAGUAUGCUGUUUUGCAGAGUAGUGCUGCCUUGGCCAGUUUUUGCGCGACAUUUAUGUACGUGAAUUAAAUUAUACAAAGUUG